AUGGCUAUGGCCAGCACCUUCAUACCGGGGCUGAACCCUCAGAAUCCUCAUUAUAUCCCAGGGUACACUGGACACUGCCCACUACUUCGGUUCAGCAUGGGCCAGACCUAUGGGCAGAUGACCGGUCAGCUACUCCGAGGAGCUCCUGGCCUAGCCUGGCCCCCGGUGCGUCGCAUACUUCUGCCUCCCAUUCGGCCUCCAAGAUCUCCCGAGAUUCCUAGGGGAAGCCUGCCUGUCAGGCGUGGGCACAAAAGGCUCAGUUCCAGCAUGAUCCCUGGGUACACAGGUUUUGUCCCCCAGGCACAGUUCAUCUUUGCCAAGAACUGCAGCCAAGUCUGGACUGAGGCUCUGAACAAUUUUACUCAGUGGCAUGGGGAACAAGGGAGUCAGAAGCUGCCAAAGGAGGUCAAGGGAGAAGACCUGGAGAAAGACCACCAAGAGCCAAAGCCGGAGCCAGAGCUGGAGGCGGAGGAGCCAGAGCUGGGGCAGGAGGUAGGACAAGCUUCACCCUAUUCAAUGGACGACAGAGAUCCUCACAAGUUCUUCAUGUCAGGUUUCACUGGUUAUGUGCCCCGUGCUCGCUUCCUCUUCGGCUCCAGCUUUCCUGUGCUCACCAACCGGGCACUGCAGGAAUUUGGACAGAUGUACUCACAGGGCAAAGCCCAGAAGGGUCUCGACCAUCUCCCCCCACUUUCAAGGACCUACCCUCAGAACCUGGGCCUUUUACCUAACUAUGGGGGCUAUGUACCAGGGUAUAAGUUCCAGUUUGGCCACACAUAUGGGCAUCUCACCCAUGAUGCUCUGGGCCUCAGCACCUUCCAGAAGCAGCUUGUGGCAUAGGUACCUGGAUUUCAAGUUCUCGCUUCUUUUUUCAUCUAUCCCAGCCAUCCUUUAGGAAGA